GGUGCCAUCGAUUGGACCCGAUCGCGAACUCAACGCACGGCAGCUGUUUCUAUCGUUAUCCAGCUCCUUCUCCGUGGCCGCCUCCUCGCUCACGCUGACCGUUUCUAUCUCAAUCUAGAUCGAGGAAACCAGGCCCUCGUCGCCAUGGACUCCCCUAAGACUCCUCCCAGGGCCCGGCCGCCCGCCAUCGAUCCCUCCUCCCCCCGCAUCUUUCUCUCGGCCGCCGCCGCCGCCAGCCCCGGGUCACACCGCCGGAUCGCCAUCGCCGUCGACCUGAGCGAUGAGAGUGCUUACGCCGUCAAGUGGGCCGUCCAGAACUACCUCCGCCCGGGCGACGCCGUCAUCCUCCUCCACGUCCGCUCUACCAGCGUCCUCUACGGCGCUGACUGGGGCGCCAUCGACCUCUCGGUCGAGUCCGAAGAUGCUGCGUCGGAGGUGUCGCCCCAGAAGCUGGAAGAGGAAUUCGACGCCUUCACGGCGACCAAGGUGCAGGAUCUGGCUCAGCCGCUCGUCGAGGCGCAGAUCCCCUUCAAGAUCCACAUCGUCAAGGACCACGACAUGAAGGAGCGACUCUGCCUCGAGGUCGAAAGGCUUGGGCUGAGCGCGGUCAUAAUGGGAAGCCGAGGCUUCGGGGCAUCCAGGAGGAAUAGUAAGUCUCGGCUUGGCAGCGUCAGCGACUAUUGUGUGCAUCACUGUGUUUGUCCUGUUGUGGUGGUUCGCUACCCCGACGAUGCUACUGGUCUCGGAUCCGGAGCCGUGGGAUCGUCUUCCCCUCUUGCCAAUGGCUCCAAAGUACCUGUGGGGAGGGAUACCGAGCUCCAUACUUUGCCUGAAGAGGAGCAAGAGUAUCACGAUGCUGAUGACGGGCAUAAAGAUGCAUGAUAAGCAUGGUGUAGGCAUCUUUUUUUAUGACAACAGUUGACAUGAACAAAGGUGGUGGUAAUCUUAGUACGGGCAGUGAAACUCUUGUGUAAAGUCUAAAGUUAGUUGUUCACGCUGAUGUUUGUUUACUGUAACUCUAAAAGAUGGGCAACUCAUGUGUGCGCAUCUUUUAUAUGUAGCAGGCACUUGAAACCUGGAAUACCAUCUAAGUUCCUCCUGCUUUUUUUUGUUUUGUUUUGUUUUUUGUUUUUGUGUGUAAAUAAUCAUGGUCAUUUAGUCAUGAUCAUAUCUGUGCACGAUAUUAAUAGAUUUGAAUGCUCUAAUUUAUUUUUCUUAGAGAAAA